AUGGCAACCCACCACCAGAACAAAUCCCGCAGUUUCCUUGUCGAGUUCGUCUUCGGCGGAACUGCAGCCUACAUCUCCAAGUCCAUCGCCUCUCCCAUCGAGGUCGUCAAGCUGCGUCUGCAGGUCCAGGACGCCCUCAUCCAGAAGGGCGUCAUCGCGUACCGCUACGGAGGUAUUGCCGACUGCUUCCGCAGACUAUACAUCGAAAACGGCAUUGCUGCCUUCUUCAAGGGCAACGCCACCAACGCCCUCCGCUUCUUCCUCACGCAGGCUCUCAACUUCUCCUUCAGGGACCUCUUCCGCAAGGUCAUCGAGGAGAGGUACGGCGCGAGCAAGUUCCUCGGCAACCUCGUGGCCGGCGCGGCAGCUGGCGCCUCCACGCAGAUGAUGGUGUACCCGCUUGACUUCGCGAGGACCAGGCUGGCCAACCAGGCCAAGAGCGGGAACGGAGGCGAGUACAACGGCCUGCUCGAUUGCAUACGCAAAACCUAUCGUAGCGAUGGCUUGGAGGGCCUCUACCGCGGUUUCACUGUGUCCUGCCUGUGCAUGCCAUCGUUCGGGAGCGCUGUCCUACCCGCUGGACACGGUGCGACGCAGGAUGAUGAUGACUUCUGGGGAGUUGGUGAAGUUCUCGGGGACGUCGAGUGCAUGCGGAAGAUCCACAGCGAGGGCGGUUGGAAGGCCUUCUUCCGAGGAGGGGCCGCCAACAUCGUGGGCGGAGUGACGGGGGCAGCAGUCUUUUCGAUCUACGACAGGAUGAAAGUGGAAUUCCAGAAGAAGCAUAACAUAUGA